CCAUGUGGUUGCAGAUGGAAAAAUCAAGUUUAAUACUCUGCAGCUUUUUUACUAUGGCAGGAUGCAUGUCACGUUCAUAUACUGGGGAUUCGGAUAUCUACUGAAGUCCUAGUUUUCCGUUCCGGUAUGACUGUGCAGCUGUCCUUUGGUGUAGUGUAGGUUUUUUCUAAUGCCCUUUGGAAAUAUUUAUUAUCCAAUAAACAUAGUCUUGGAUUCAUAGAAUAGGUAACUAUUGUUGCUCUCCUAUAAAAUUUGGAAUAUGAGUGCCUGUACUAGAGUGUUGAUGCACUGAGGUUUGUGUGGUUGAGGUGCCCAAAUACCUCAUGCAGACCACUUUAUUUCUUAGGGAACUACAGUGAAAAUUCUGCUUACAUAGUAAGGCUUAUGUGUGUUUCAUCCUUGGGGGAAAAAAAAAAUCUUUAAAUUGAUCAACCAAUUUCAGCCUAUUUGUCAGGGGUACAGAUUUUGAAAACAUUAUAUGAAAGGGUUUGAGUGAUUUCUUUUAUUUAUUUGAAACAAAUUUUUAUGCCAAAAGGGGUAAGGCCUCUUUAGCAUUCACGCUGAGGGAGCAACCAGCGAGAAUUGUACUCCUGUUAGGCAUCAGUAAUAUGCGCGUGGGAGCUGAACCUCCAGGCAGAGCUCUGCAGAAAUCGAGCUUCCUUAAUUCUGCUGUUCAUGUGGAGCUGUGUUGUGGACUACAUGGUUCCUGCUGUUCUGCUGAAAUCUGGCUUGGCUUGUUGGGUUUUUUUCUCACUUUGCUGCCACUCAGGCUGUUGCCCUGUGUUUUGUUUCUCUUGCAGGUAAAUGGCAGGACAGAAAGCAGUGUGAAAACUUUGAAAGGCACUGAGAAGUCCAAGGCUGGUGGCUGAGCUGCACACAUGAAAAAUCUUUCAACUCCUUUGCAUGGGUGAGGAUGGUAGGAUAUACUUAAAACUGCCUUAUCCACCCAAUUCAUUGUUGAAAGUUUCUGCCUGACUUCAUGUAUCAGGUGGACAGAGUGAAUCAUCUCUGAUGUAGUUUUCGUUAAUUAAAUGUGAGCAAUUAAGUCGCUUAGCUUUCUUAACUUCUGCUUGCUUCUGAUAAAGCAAUAUCAAACUUCUGAGUCUGCAAAACAAGGAAAGACUAGUGAAAGAUGGUGGCUGGACAGAAUGACACAACUCAGUACAGGUGAUGUUGGCUGAACUCCUAGUGCUUUUUCUGCUCAUUUUUGGCCAAAAUGGGGCCCUAUCCAAACUGGAAAGAGAGAUAUGGAAGACCUGAAAAACUCUGUGAAAAUGUGGUUGUCAAAGAACAGUAUCAAAGCUAAAAUCCACCUAACAAAGAGGCAUCUGGUGUUAACGUAGCAAGGGCAGACGCAUAUCCUGCUAAGAAGUAGUUCCUCUGCCAAGAAUUUUUUGAAGUGCAGGAAGCAUAAAUCUAGAAAGCCCCAGAAGAAUUCAGGUUCAUGUUUCCUCUCUGUUUUCUGUCACUGUUUUCACCUUUCUCUGAGCGGGCAGAGAACUUUCCUUCAGAAGUGUUAAAGAGAAGAUCUAGAAGUUUUUUCUCUCCCACAAAAAAUUUUGAUGCAACGUGAAGUUAUUCAGUGAUUCCACUUAGGAUAGCUUUGUGGGGAGCGGGAGUGGAAUCUAAAUAGUGAAUUUCCCCAGCAAAUGUCCGGCUGGGUUACAGGAGAGCAAGCUGUCCAUGUUAAUGAUACCAGAAAAUAUAUAAUUAAGUCAGAAUGGGAGUAGCUCUCCAGCAAUGACUUGACACGUUGACUGAAAUCUUGCACAUUCCAAAGGAAGUGCCAGGUGUGCAGGCAGCGAAGGCAGACUUUGCAGCAUCUUCUGAGAAGGAAACUCGCCCAAACAGGAAUGCUAGUUUUCUAAUUCAAAGUCACUGAUGGACAAGAUAGAAAUAACUCUUAAUCUACGUAUUUUUGCACAACACUUCUUUGUGGGGUGGUUGUUUUUUUUGUUUGUUUUUUUUUUUAUUCAUUCUUUGAAAAUUAUUCCCAUUCUGCUGUAACUGCUAGAACUCUUCAUGUUCUGAUGAUCUUCCAGCUUACCUGUAGUGGAAGUCCUUUCUCUGGCAGGACUAAGCAACCUGAAUUACCUCUCACUACUUUGGACUUUCCAUUCACUUCUUUCUCUUGCCAAGUAACCUUUAAACUUGGCUUUGAAGCUUGUGCCCAGCUUUCUGUGUCUAAAUUCUAAGUCUUGUUUUUGAUGUGUUGAUGUGUUAAUCUGUAUUUUUCUCUUUUUCAGUUCUUGUUAGCUGUUGGACAUGGAGAUUUUCUCUCUAAAGUUUUACCCCCAAAUUCUUCUGAAGCUCACCAAAAAAACCCCAAACAAACCCUAAACCAAUUUUCCUGCUCCUGUAUUGGUGUGAUGACCCUCCAGAUAUCAGUGCCUGGUGUGUGCAGCACUGUUAAAUGAAAAUCUUGGUGCAACCGUUCUGGAAUAAUAUAUGCAGUCCUGCUGUCAGCUUUUGCUGGUACCUCUGAGGACUUGUCCCUUUGCCUGUGGGAAACUGGCAGUAAGGACUUUGUUUCUGGCUAAAGAAUGCAGACUAUAAAGUGUGUAGUUGUUGGAGAUGGUGCUGUGGGAAAAACUUGUCUUCUUAUCAGCUAUACCACCAAUGCCUUCCCAGAAGAGUACAUCCCUACUGUGUUUGACAACUACAGUGCCCAAAUGACUGUUGAUGGCCGGACAGUUAGCCUGAAUCUCUGGGACACUGCAGGCCAGGAGGAAUAUGACCGCCUGCGCACCCUCUCGUAUCCUCAAACCAAUGUAUUCGUCAUCUGUUUCUCCAUCGGUAGCCCCUCUUCCUAUGCAAAUGUGAGGCACAAAUGGCAUCCUGAAGUUUCCCACCACUGUCCAAAUGUUCCCAUUCUUCUAGUGGGCACGAAGAGAGACUUGAGAAAUGACCUGGAAACAGUUAAAAAGUUGAAAGAGCAAAGCUUGGCUCCCACUACCCCACAGCAGGGGACUUCGCUGGCUAAACAAAUUGGAGCAGUCAAAUAUUUGGAGUGCUCAGCGUUGAAUCAGGAAGGUGUUCGGGAGGUGUUUGCUGAAGCUGUGCGUGCAGUUCUGUAUCCUGUGACAAAGAAGAACACAAGAAAGUGUGUCUUACUGUAGUUACCUCUGGUGCUGGAUGUUCGAAGUUGAAUAUUGACUAGAAUCUUGGAGGGCUCUUUAAUGAGUCAAGUUGAAGAUUUGCAUCUUGCACUAACAGCUCUAAGCAGAAAUGGUUUAUGCAACGAAUAUUCUUGCAGUCUUACUGCUUCAGGGAAACUGAAACAGAGCAGGUUUUCUUUUUUCCAACUAAGAGGUCAAAUAUAUACUUUAUUUCUAAAGUUCCAGUCUCCAGCUUUUCUAGGGAUCACUUGGUUUCUGUCCUUAUAUAGUGGAGGAAAAUAAAAGAAGGGACUUCUUUGAAGCCAGACUUGUUUACUAGAUACCCAUCAGUUACUAGAUUUGCUGAAAAGCACAAAUUCUGAUAACUUUGCUUUAAGCAUAGCUGCUGCUCUUCUCAUCCCUUAUUUACUGAUUGGAUUUGUUUUACAAACGGGAGUCUGGCUGUACAGUUGUUUUACUUUGUCAAUUUAAAGCUUGAAAACAAUUUGUUUACAUGCAAAAAUGCCUGAAAUAUUACUGAGAUUCACCUUAUAGUGAACUGUGAUCAUUUAUAUGAAGAGUUAGCAUAAGGCAUGUUUAAUGCAAUGAGCAAGACCCAGGGAACACCUGCUGUGAUUUUAUUCAUAGAAGCAGGAGCUGAUUUCUCCUAAUGUAGGGAACUUUAGGAUAAUGAUGAAUCACUCAAAUGAGUGAUUUUCAUACUUUUGAAUUGGAGAGGUAGAAGAGUAAUUUAGAUGCAAGUCUUCCAUAAUCAUCUAAACUGAGUUUUUAUUUCACUCUCCAAAGAGACUUUGCACCCUGAGAGUAAAGUUAACAGUUACCUUCUUGAACUCAUUGAGGUAGUUGGGAUGACACUUCUCAAAACAAGAUUUUCUGUGUGAUCCCUUUGAUGAAUCCCAGAGACUUGAUAGCAGCCUGUUUGCUCUGAGGAAUAAGUUGCUUCGCUUCUUAAUGUUCUUGGGGCCACUACCUGAGAUUUUUACAGCAAAUUUCUUUGUUGUUUUUCUGGGAGAACAGUGACAGAAAAUUGGGAGGGUCUAUUUACAGGAAUCAGGAACCCUCAUUUCUUCCUGGCAACUCACUGAUAGUUUCAGUUAAAUUUGUAAUGGUUAGCCAGUCACUGGAUAGGUUUAUCUGGGCGAUUUUCUCCUCUCUACUAGGUGAUCAGUUAUAAACUCUUUUUAACUGAAGUUCUAUUUACAUACUUUUAAACUUUCUUCAGCAGCUCUAGUGAGUGGCAGCUGGCUUUUAUUUUCAGGAUGUGUACUGUCCUUUAUGUGUGAUUCCGGGACCAGCUGAGGAGUAAGCGCAUGAAACCUUCCUUAGACUUAACAACCUUACAGCGUGGUGGUAUGAAAGCAGCAUGCUUCAAAGAUACUUUGUGUGAAACCAGUGGUGCUGGACUGGGCUUUGUUGUCUGAAGUUGACAGUGCUGUCUUUGUCCGGAUGCAAUUGGUAAUUCAGAACUUGCUUUCUUGUGAUUCCCACACAUGCAAAACUCCACUGGUGUAUUCCCUUGGGCAGAAAAAAGCCUCAUUUUAGCAAGAUAACAGAAAAUACAUGACCAAGGUUAUUAGGGAUCUUGUGUUAAUUUGACCUUGCUUUGCAUGAUCUGGGCAAAAAUACCAGGUGGAUAGAAACAUUUAAAUUUGUGCCCCAGUUCCCCUCUUUGAAGAGGAUGUGCCUUUCUUCAGCGGGCGUAACUGAUGCUGACACUAACUGCAAUUUUUGUGUAUCUGAGGUAUGCUCCUACUGGUACUGCUUUAGCAAACUGCAACCCAUUGGUAUAAACUGCAGUUAAUCCAAAUACUGAUAUAUGUGGCUACUGAAUCAACACAGUGCCAAACUUUGCCUCAUCGCAGGCAACACCAAAACACCCGUUACGCGUGAUGUUUGCAGAAGCCUAGAGACUCUGCAUUUUUUUUCUUCACCAAGUGCCAUUGCUUGGAGUGUCUUUGCAUCUUUUGCGCUCAUAGAAGAAGUGCUGUUCCAGAUGUGACUCCUACCACAGUGCCCUGCAGACUGUGAGGGUGUAAGAGUAUUUUGGUGAGGUCACCUCUACUCACCACAUUCUGCCUUUACUUUAGUAGUAGGCCUUUAGCAUGGGCUUGAUUUGCAGGUGGCAAUUAACUCUGUGCCUUGUAAUUCACAAUUAUUUUCUGUCAGUAAAUUUCAGUAACUGAGUAAAUAGUUUAUGAUGUUUAACAUGUAUUUAUUUAAGCCAGUGCACAUGUUUUUUUCUAAUGCUGGUCAGGCCUAAAUCAUCUGUCUAGUUACCCUGGUGCAAGCCUGUAACCUUUGCUUUAUUCAGAGAUGUAUUUUUAAAAAGUUUGUGAUAGUUUGAACUGCUCGGAAAUAAGACUUUUAAUUUCAACAACAGGCACAUCUUUUUGUUUUUGCUACAUGUAUUUGCAAUUUUGUACUGAAGCUACUACUGUUUAAAAAGUUUUUACUUUUUUUACAUACCGAAAUCUUCUAGUUCUGCAUCUUAUGUAGUUAUUCCUAACUGGAUUACAAUAAUUUUGUGGAGAAGAAGAAAUCCUGUGAGCGAGUAUGAUUGCACCCCUCCCCCAUUUCUGCAGGCUCACAGAGCAGCCAUCCUGGUGUUAACUGGAAGAGAGUAUGGUGAGAUAAAAUUCAACUCCUUAAUCAAUUUAUUUGAAUUGAUUACAUUAUUGAUUACGUUAUGCUAGAACACUUUAUCCCCAUCUAGAUUACGUAAUAAAUGGAUUGCACAACAGAACUGAGGAAAUAACACGACAGUGAUGAAAAUGAGCAGAAAGUGAACUUUGAACACCAUCAAAAACUUUUUUACUGACCUUGGAGUACCUCAUUAACAGUCAGUUAGAUGCCUUUUAUUUCUGGUUUUCUGCCAGGAGCAAAAGUCCUGCCGGCUGACAGCUGGCUUCCUCCAGCCUCUGCUUUUCAUGAGAGUGAGCUUCAGGAGCACAUGGAUGCAAUGAGCUUUUCCAUUCAGUGGGCAUUCUCAGUUUGUGAUCUUCCUUUUCUUCCCCCCCCCCCAAGUCUUGGUGCAUUUUAUUGUAAGUAGUCCAGUGCUUCAGUUCAUUCUGUUCCUCCCAUGUGUCGUGGUGGGUUUUUUUCCUUCCCCCUCCUGUGGGUAGGUAACAAAUACAGAUGUCACACAAUCCUGUGGCUGGAUUUUGCCUUUUUUCAGGAGAUCAGAAAACCUGCUGGGUUAAGCUGUGCAGGUUUCCCAAGCUGUUCAAGAUUCCUCAGAGUUACUGAAUAGAAACACGGUGUAUGUCUUAAUUCACGGAGGAGACUCUCUAUGAAGAGGCCGAUGUUAACCUUUCUGUUUGUGAAUGAUUUCUGAGAUGCUGAAGUGUUUUUUUUAAAUGCAGCUGAAGCCAUUCACAGGGAGCUGAGCGGUUCGGGAAUUCUGUGUCCAAAGGAUGUUAUGAGGUGCGCUUAGAUGUGUAAGUGCUUUCUCCAGUUUACAGCUGUAGUUAUUUCUAUGAAAUUUAAACUAGAAGAGCUUCACCAUGCUUUGAGUGCUAAACCUCGCUCUGUAGAAACCUUGGUGCUGCUUGGGUGGACCCUGAGAAGCGGAUGGAUCUCACGGGGUCCUGACCCCCCGGGUGGGCUGCAGGGAGCGCCUGUCAGCAGUGGGAGCCCAAGAGUCUUAAGUGUGGUACUGAUACAUACACUGGCAACUUGAUUUUAUACUAUAAAAUAAUUUGUAUUACAGCUAACAGUUUUAAAGUGUUUUUUUUUAAAUUAUGUGGAAUUAAGUUGUAAUAAACUUUUCCUCAUCUCUCUGGCUCUCGUGUUAACUCACCCUGCUGUUUGUAACGCACCUGUUCUAAACGUAGUUCUUUCCUGUGGAAAGCCAGACCCCGUUUCUUAAAUGCAAUAAAC